UGUGCCUACACUGAGCUGGCCUUUGCUUUUCCCCGCCAAGUACUAAUGUUUUCACAUCUUAUUUUCAACGGUGUCCUGCUGCUGUUGCUACUGCUACUUGCAAGGUCUUUGGAAGAUGCAUUUAUAGUCGAGGUCGGUAAGAAUGCGUAUCUGCCCUGCCACUACAGUCUAGCUGCCUAUGGGACACCUGUGCCUGUGUGCUGGGGCAAGGGACCCUGUCUUUGGUCACAGUGUGACAAUUGGGUUUUCAGCACUGAUGAAAGAAAUGUGACAUAUCAGAAAUCCAGAAGAUACCAGCUAAAGGGGAAUUUCCUCAAAGGAGAUGUGUCCCUGACCAUAGAGAAUGUGACUCUAGCUGACCAUGGGACCUACUGCUGCCGGGUAGAAUUCCCUGGUCUAGGGAAUGAUAAAAAAGUAAACCUGGAAUUAGAUAUCAGACCAGCCAAGAUCGCUCCAGUUGUCCCUGCUCGUGGAUACCCUACUCCAAUGUCUCCAAGAACCCUAACCACCAAGGGAGAUGGUUCAGGUGAGACAUGAGCACAAGCAAAUGUGCUUAAUUAAUCUCAGUUCACAGAGGUUAGAAUAUGGUAAGAAACUCACUUUUCGCACUUGAGAUAUUGUUUGAGGUGAGUGAGGUGGUGGCCACACAUGUUGG